AUGUGGCAAUCAGAGGAUCUAAUGGAUUGGCAGGAGGAGGCAAAGGCGAUUGUCAAUGAUGUUAAGGCUCAUUUGAAGGCAGUGGAAGUGUCCCAUGUGUUGGAAUCAACAAACCAGAGAAUCUUCAUCAAUGCCACAACUCUGGAGGGUCGGGAGCUGUGCAUCUGUGUCUCCGGGAUGGGUUUCCGGAUUGUUGGGAAUAAUUUUGACACGGUGAAUGCGGAUGUAGAGGAAAAUGGGAGAAUUUAUGAGACACCCUAUGCCCUUUUCACGGACAUCUCGCCACUCUAUGUGGAAUCUUUUGGUCAGGCACUGCAGAAGGCGAUGGAAUCAUUAGCUGAGAAGUCCCAGUGA